UCGUUAGGGUGGAGCUGAAAAGUGCUGCCUUUUGAGCAGGGAGUCCGCAAAGGGCUCAGUGUCGUCUGCGCUUCUUGCUGCAACCACGAUCUAGCCAUGGGCGUGCGCGUGCAAUUCCCGCUGCUCCUUGUGCUGUUCUCUGCGGUCCCGCAGAUGGCAACAAAAUCUUCUGUAAAAGACUGUGGCCCCGGGUUAAUCUUUGCGGAGGAGGAAGAAGAGUGCUGUGCAAUGUGUAAACCAGGAACAAAGUUAAUUUCUGGGUGCAGAGAAGACAUCAUAUGUCACCCAUGUGAAGAUUCUGAAUAUCAGAAAGAGUACAACAGGGAAAAAAGUUGUGUGCAGCGUAAUUACUGUGAUUCCAAUAUUGGUUUUAAGACAGUAUUUAGUGGGACUGCCACAGAAAAUUCCAAAUGUGAGUGUAUUGAAGGCAUGCACUGUGAACAAGGGAGCUGUGAAUUGUGCAGGAUGCACAAAGAGUGUCUAGUAGGGUAUGGAGUUAAAGAAAAUGGCACAAGUAAAACAGAUACAGUGUGUGAACCUUGUCCAAAAGGGUACUUCUCAAAUGUGUCAUCUUCUACUGAGCCAUGCCUUAAGUGGACGGAAUGUUCUUAUGUGCAAGUCAAUGGCAAUGCAUCAACCGAUAACAUCUGUGGUGGUAACAAUGCUGCGAUUAUAACAGUAAUCUGUAUACUGUUGCUUCUUAUCGUGGGUGUGGUUGUCUUGUAUUACUUUAAAGGAAGAAUCGCAAGCAUAUGCAAGCAGAAUAAGCCACAUCAGCCAAGAUUAAUACCAGUCAUAGAACCUGAACCUAAAACUCCGAUGGAGGAGACAUUUUCUGAAGAGGGCCAGAUUGUAAUGCAGGAGACAGGCAAAGAAGACCACAUGCCUGAGGAGGAUUCUCAAUGUGUAUGAGAUGCAAGACUUAAGUGUGCGCCAUGGGAAUUUAAAACACAGUCCUGCAUGAACACCACUUUCUCUCUUGCAUUUACAAUAAAAAAAACUAAAAGUAAUGGAUCAAGAACAACCACCAAGAAGCACGUUUUUAGUGGUAUAAAGAGCCAUUUUUUAAGUGACCUUUGUGCAAAGAAUGGACUUUUAAAAUGAAGAACCACCUAUUUGAUAGGAGGACCACAUAGCUACAAACUUCUUUUACAGAAGGACUAGCCAAACUAACAGUUGUGUUGAUGUCAUUUUGUUGAUUAUUUUGGAAAGAAAGUGUCGCUCUGUGCAUGUGCUGUUCAUCUUGUCUACUCCCUCUGCGCAGGUCUCGUUUACAGACGUGUCUCCAGCAAUCAGGAGCCAUGCAAUUCUAUUCUUCCAGCACUAAAACUGAUUGUUACUCCUUUAACACUAGACGGAAAAAGGAAUUGAUACUGUGUUUGCUUGAUUGGUACAUCCUAAAGUGCACCUUUGAUAGCAGUUGCUUCUUUAAGUACAGGAUACUUAAUUCUUUAACAUCAUUGUAAACGUUCCUGUGACUCUUUACCAAAAUCGGGCAGUAGCAGUGGAGGCAGUCCACACAACAGACCCAUGAACGUCUUACCACAGUUAAUGAAACCUGAUUCUCCAUGGAGACCCUGACAAAGGAAGACUUUCUUACUUGUCCUUCGGAGAAUUGAUGGUCAAGUCUUGCUGUUUUUGUUCAGUUGCAGGUGGAGCAGUAGAACCGGAGUCUGAGGACUGUCCAUUGAUCGAGGUGUAUAGGGUUAGGGAGACUGCUGGAAUGGCCGAGAAGCCAUGUCAGUUAAAUGAAAUCUACAAAGAGUCUGAAAUGUGUCUCUUUUAUGAUUUCUGCCUGCAGUGGAGUAAAGUCGAGAGUUUUUUUGACAACAAGACUCCCACAUUGGUCAUAAUAUGUAAUGUAUAGACUUUUUUAUUCUACUGUUACUGUAAAAUUAAAUUGAUUUGUUUGUUUAUGUGUAUAUGUUGCAUAGCUUUGUACUUCUAUUGUUUUUUUAUUUGUUACAUGGACUAAAAUUAUCUUUCUUUCCAAGAAGCCCUGUAUAUAAGAAUAAAUUGAAUUAAAUUUGAUGUAACUGAA